AUGUUCAGGGAUACGUUUGCUGCUUCCUCGACACUCCGGUCGCUGAGGUUACGAAGAGAGUUGCAGGAUCUGGAGGAGCGAAGAAGAGGUUUGUUCAGGCCAAGGCAAACAACCGCUGUCAGUCAAAGUACAUUCGGAGAAACAAGAACACGGCCCCAGGUCUCCAGUGAUACUUCUGUACACGAUGCUCUGUUGAGUGGAGAUUUGGACAAGAUCAGGAGCAUCUUCCAGAGCAAGGAUUCGGUCAACAUGAUCAUAGAAACGGUCAGUCAUGAAUUGAGCUGGUCGGCAGAACUAGGUAUGAACAUCAUUCCAUCGUCCACACUAACAUUCUCAGGACAGAGUCAAACUAAGGUGGUUCCGUGCCCCACUGCAGAACGUCUCUGGUCACUUACCUCCAAACGGAAACAAACAACAGCACUCUAUAUCACAGCACAGCGAGGGCAUACAGAGUGUGUGAAGCACUUGCUGGGACAUGGCGCUGAUAUUAAUGCUGUGCCUGGAGGAGCAACUGCUUUGCAUGCUGCCUGUGCCAAUGGACACACUGAAUGUGCCAAACUUCUGCUUCGAAUUGGAGCUGAUCCCAAUGCAAUCUCUGAGGAAGGGUAUGCUCCCUUGCAUCUGUGCACCAGCCCCCAGACCAUUUUAUGUGCUAAACUCUUGCUGGAACAUAAUGCCAGAGUUAAUAUGCAGACCCGAGACAGACAGAUCACUCCACUUCAUGUUGCUGCAAAGCAUGGUCUGGACGAACAUGUGGACCUUUACCUGAGCUACUGUGCCUACAGUCACAAGAAGAAUUGUGAAGGAGAAACUGCACUCAAUGCUGCCUGCUCUUAUGUGGAGAAACGCGAGGCUUUUGGUAGAUAUUACAAAGUCUGUAAAAUGCUGAUCAACAGUGGAGCUGAUGUUAAAACUGCUGGGAAGAAAAACCACACCCCACUCCACAAUGCCUGUGGGAAUGCUCAUCCUGGCAUUGUGGAUUUGUUGCUAAUGCACGGUGCUUCUGUGAAUGCUAAGAACUGUGCUGGCUACACACCAAUGGAUUGCAUUUUACUGGCUGUUGAAGACCACCUGGAAUAUCAUCCAGAGCAAAUUGUCACAUCACUACUGAAUCAUGGAGCAGCUCCAAUUGAUCCCAAGAUACUCAAGCAAUGUGCAAUGUCUCCACAGACAAUGGAAGUUGUGUUAAAUACUUAUGAGUGCAUUCCAUUUUGUGACUCUUGGAUAGAUGCAGUUCCCCCGGAAGUGUGGCAGAAACACGAGGCUUUCUAUGAAUCCAUUAUACAAAUGACCAACAAGCCACGUUCUCUUCAGCAUCUUGCACGCUGUGCUUUAAGGAAUUACCUUGGAACCCGAUGCCAUUCAGUCAUACCACAGCUACAACUUCCAAGUAGUUUCAGGGAAUUUUUACUGUUGAAAUGUGAAGGCUUUUUCAAAUGAAAAUUCUGGAAAUGCACAGAUUUUUGAUUAAAAUCAGAAUCCUUGCAUCAUUGCAUUUUAUUAUGUGGUUGAGCCAAAUAGAUUAGCAGUAGAAACCAAAAUGCUUUGAGGUGAUUUAUCUCUGAAGAGUUCUUGAAGUUUCAGAAUCUAUCAAAUUAUUUAAGCCUGUUGUAUAAUUGAAGAAACUUGAGUUGUUAAUCAUGAAAGAAAUGAAAAUAACUCUGCAUUUGUUCUGUUUAGAGCCCCCAAAACGUGCACUCUUCCUCCUUGAUAUGCCAUGGAAUAAUGUCUGCUGCUUCCGAAUGAUUGGAGUUUGGAGGCCUAUUUUAAAAAUACUCAUUGUGCCAAAUUUAUCCUCCCCUAAAGGCAUUGACUCUCUCCUUUGCUGGGUUUGUGAUUUAUAGAUGCAAGCUAUCUUCUAUAACCUCACUUCUGCGGCAGGUGAAGCACCUCUGUGGCAACUCAAUGGCGCAGCUGUUAAGAGUCAUGACCUUGCAGAGCCAGAGAUGCGGGUUCAAUCCUGACUUCCAGUGCUGUCGGAUGGAGCUUAUACGUUCUCCAUGUGACUGUGUGGGCUUACCCAGGUGCUCUGGUUUCCUCCCACGUCCUGAAGUCAUUGCAGCUUGGUAAGUUAAUUAACCAAUGGAAAUUGCCCCUGGCAUAGGGAAGUGGUAGAAUUUGGAGCAGGUGGGAGUUGAUAGGAAUGUGGGGAGAAUAAAAUGGGCUGGAGUAGGAUUGGUGUAAGUGGGCGCUGAAUGGUCAGCGUGGACUCGGUUCACUGAAAGACCUGUUUCCAUGCUGUAUUUCUCUAUGACUCUGUGUCGUAUGUUCAAGCGCGAACAUUGAUAAUGAGAAAACAUGACAACAAGUUAACCUGUUCUCCUUCCCCCAGCUUGCACACAGACGCACACACAGAGCUAAUACUCCUGCUAUCUUAGCUGAGAUCAACUAGUUGAGCAUUACCAGAAAUCAAAGCAAGCAUUAUUAGACAUUUUCAAUUAAUCUCUUGGUAUAGUGGCGUCAGAUGGGUCUAAUAUUGUUUAACUUGUGAUGACGUAAGAGAACAAGUGGUCUGGCUUAUUAUAUUUAAUGUUAUAUUAUCUACCACAAAUAAAGUCAUAGAGUUUUUCAGCACAAAAACAGGCCCUUUGGCCCAACUCAUCCAUCCUGACCAAGUUGCCUACCUGAACUAAUCCCAUUUGCCUGCAUUUGGCCUAUAUCCCUCUAAACCUUUCUUAUCCAUGUAGCUGUCUAAAUGUAUUUUAAGUGUUGUAAUUGUACCCAUCUCUACCAUUUACACUGACAGCUUGUUUCAUAUACCCACUACCUAUGAAUCUUUUUUUUUGCACCCUUUCCAGCAUAAUGACAUCCUUCCUAUAACUAGGCAACCAGAACUGCACACAAUAUUCCAGGUGCAGUCUCACCAACGUCUUGCACAGCUAUAACAUGAUGUCCCAACUCUUAUAUUCAAAAUGAAGGCAAGUGUGCCAAAUGCUGCCUUCACCCUGUUAACCUGUAUCACCACUUUCAGAGAACUAUGGACUUGUACCCCUAAGUCUCUCUGUUCUACGGCACUCUCCAGGGUUUUGUAAUUUACUGUCUAAGUCCUGCCCUGGUUUACCUUCCCAAUGCAAAUAGGAUUAAGGGAAAUUCUUACAACAGUCUUUUGAAUAUUCUGUUACUGGUAUGGAAAGCAUUGAAUAAGCUGAUUGUAUUGCAAAGUCCAGAAGGUUUUAAAAAAAAGAUGCCCAUUAACCCUUUGGGUUAGAUCUAGCUGCCCUGGGCCUCCCAUUUGUAAUCGUUGCCUGCAGUCCCCCUCAUGCCUCUUUUACUUGGUCCAGUUGCAGAGUUCCUAAUUUCCUGGUCUGAGGUAUCUCCGAUGGCCAAGAUGUUGCAGAACCUCAGUGAGGAAGCACAGAUUCCAAAACAGCCUUGAUCACCUUUACAGUAGCAAAGCCCUGACUCAGCUUUGCAAGUUUAAUAUUAAAAUUGGGGUCAAUAAUUAAAAUGUAAAAACAUGUAAAAUUAUUUUAAAAUUCUUUAAACACAUAAGUAAUUCAAAACAUUAAACUUAAAGGAAAAUCAUUUUAAAAGUUAACUUACCUUUUUCUUUGCCUCUGAAUGCACAGACAUGCAAUUUCCAUUUAAAAAAAACAAGGCAACCUAACCAGACUCUGAGUCUGGGAGGCAAUUCUACUUAAAUGAGUAAAUGCCAAUGAUUCAGUUUAGCAUAAGCCAACGAGA